GACCGACUGUGGCGUCUGGAAAGGGUGACAGAGCCAGACCGGCGAGUGGUGGCUGGUUGCCUCCUCCUGACCAGAGUACCUGGGUUUCUUUCCAUCGGGGAAGAGGAAAGGGGGAAAAAACAAAACAACAACAACCCCGACGUGGUUCCUUCAGGUGUCCUGAGGAGAAACCCAACUUCUUCCUUGCCAGAAGAUGGGGAAGACGUGGAGGAGCCCCAGCGAGGCGGAGAACGGCGCCUCGGACAAGGAAGAACUUGGCCGGCGGAGGAGCCGGAGUGCCAGCCGGGGAAGGUUUGCCGAGUCUUGGAAGAGGAUCAGUUCCAGGCGAGGCUCCACCAAGCGCUCCGGGCUCCCUUCGCAGCAGCCUCCGGCUCAGAAGUCGUGGAUAGAAAGAGCGUUUUACAAAAGGGAAUGUGUUCAUAUCAUACCCAGCACCAAAGACCCCCAUAGGUGUUGCUGUGGACGCCUGAUAGGUCAACAUGUGGGACUUACUCCAAGCAUCACCAUUAUUCAAAAUGAGAAAAAUGAAGGUCGGCUUACUCGAAAUGACAUCCAGUCAGAGAAGUGGUCAAUCAGCAAACACACUCAACUCAGCCCCACCGAUGCCUUUGGAACCAUUGAAUUCCAAGGAGGGGGUCAUUCAAAUAAAGCCAUGUAUGUGCGUGUGUCUUUUGACACAAAACCUGAUCUUCUUCUGCACUUGAUGACCAAGGAAUGGCAGCUUGAACUACCCAAGCUUCUAAUCUCAGUGCACGGAGGCCUGCAGAAUUUUGAACUCCAGCCAAAGCUCAAGCAAGUCUUUGGGAAAGGCCUCAUCAAAGCUGCCAUGACAACUGGAGCAUGGAUUUUCACUGGAGGAGUAAACACAGGAGUCAUUCGGCAUGUUGGUGAUGCACUCAAGGACCAUGCCUCAAAAUCUAGAGGGAAGAUCUGCACUAUUGGAAUAGCUCCCUGGGGAAUUGUAGAAAACCAAGAGGAUCUAAUUGGCAAAGAUGUCGUCCGACCAUACCAAACGAUGUCUAAUCCGAUGAGUAAAUUGACAGUACUCAACAGCAUGCAUUCCCAUUUUAUUCUGGCGGAUAAUGGGACUACAGGAAAAUACGGCGCAGAAGUAAAACUUCGCAGACAAUUGGAAAAGCACAUCUCACUUCAGAAGAUAAAUACAAGGAUUGGGCAAGGUGUCCCAGUGGUGGCUCUCAUUGUAGAAGGGGGUCCCAAUGUGAUCUCUAUUGUCCUGGAAUAUCUACGUGACACUCCACCAGUUCCAGUUGUUGUAUGUGAUGGCAGUGGCCGGGCAUCUGACAUCCUUGCAUUUGGUCACAAGUAUUCAGAAGAAGGAGGACUAAUCAAUGAAUCUCUGAGGGACCAGCUGCUUGUUACAAUCCAGAAGACUUUCACCUACACUCGGACCCAGGCCCAGCAUCUCUUCAUAAUCCUCAUGGAAUGCAUGAAGAAGAAAGAAUUGAUCACAGUUUUUCGUAUGGGAUCGGAAGGACACCAGGACAUUGAUCUGGCCAUCUUAACAGCUUUGCUAAAAGGAGCGAAUGCCUCUGCACCAGAUCAACUGAGUCUAGCAUUAGCCUGGAACAGAGUAGACAUAGCUCGCAGCCAGAUUUUUAUUUAUGGGCAACAGUGGCCGGUGGGGUCCCUGGAACAAGCAAUGUUGGAUGCUUUGGUAUUGGACAGAGUGGAUUUUGUGAAAUUGCUCAUAGAGAAUGGAGUAAGCAUGCAUCGUUUUCUCACCAUCUCCAGACUAGAGGAAUUGUACAAUACGAGACAUGGACCAUCCAACACUUUGUAUCAUCUUGUCAGAGAUGUCAAAAAGCGUGAAUAUCCAGGUUUCGGUUGGAUCUAUUUUAAGGGAAACCUACCUCCAGACUAUAGGAUAAGUCUAAUUGAUAUUGGCCUGGUGAUUGAGUACCUGAUGGGAGGAGCUUAUCGCUGUAACUAUACUCGAAAACGCUUCCGAACCCUGUAUCACAACUUAUUUGGUCCCAAGAGACCCAAAGCCCUGAAACUUCUGGGAAUGGAGGAUGACGUCCCACUGCGGAGGGGAAGAAAAACAACUAAGAAGCGUGAGGAGGAAGUGGAUAUUGACCUAGAUGAUCCUGAGAUUAAUCACUUCCCUUUCCCCUUUCAUGAGCUGAUGGUGUGGGCUGUGCUGAUGAAGCGUCAGAAGAUGGCCCUCUUCUUCUGGCAACAUGGAGAGGAAGCCAUGGCUAAGGCUCUAGUGGCCUGUAAGCUUUGCAAGGCCAUGGCCCAUGAAGCUUCCGAGAAUGAUAUGGUAGAUGACAUCUCACAGGAGCUAAAUCACAAUUCCAGGGAUUUUGGCCAGCUGGCAGUGGAGCUGUUGGACCAAUCGUACAAGCAGGAUGAGCAGCUGGCAAUGAAACUGCUGACCUAUGAGCUGAAGAACUGGAGUAAUGCCACAUGCCUGCAACUUGCAGUGGCAGCCAAGCAUCGAGAUUUCAUUGCUCACACUUGCAGCCAAAUGCUACUCACAGACAUGUGGAUGGGGAGGCUCCGGAUGCGUAAAAAUUCAAGUCUAAAGGUAAUUCUAGGAAUUCUACUUCCUCCUUCAAUUCUCAGCUUGGAGUUCAAAAACAAAGAUGACAUGCCUUACAUGUCCCAAGCUCAAGAGGUCCAGCUUCAAGAGAAAGAGUCAGAGGAACCAGAAAAGCCAGUGAAAGAAAAAGAAGAGGAGGACAUGGAGCUCACAGCAAUGUUGGGACGUAGCAAUGGAGAGUCAUCAUCACGAAAGAAGGAAGAAGAGGAAGUUCAGAACAGACACAGAUGGAUCCCUUUUGGACGCAAGAUAUAUGAGUUCUACAAUGCCCCAAUAGUUAAAUUUUGGUUUUAUACUAUGGCAUAUGUUGGAUAUUUGAUGCUGUUCAAUUACAUCGUGUUGGUGAAGAUGGAACGCUGGCCUUCCACGCAGGAGUGGAUAGUCAUCUCGUAUAUUUUUACAAUGGGAAUAGAGAAGAUGAGAGAGAUACUAAUGUCAGAACCUGGGAAGCUGUUGCAGAAGGUGAAAGUGUGGCUUCAAGAGUAUUGGAACGUUACCGAUCUCAUUGCUAUUCUCCUGUUCUCUGUGGGCAUGGUACUUCGCCUCCAGGACCUGCCUUUCAGGAGUGAUGGCCGUGUCAUCUACUGUGUCAACAUCAUUUACUGGUAUAUCCGAUUGCUAGACAUCUUCGGGGUGAACAAGUAUUUGGGGCCCUAUGUAAUGAUGAUUGGGAAAAUGAUGAUAGAUAUGAUGUAUUUUGUGAUUAUUAUGCUGGUGGUUCUGAUGAGCUUUGGUGUUGCAAGGCAGGCAAUACUCUUCCCCAAUGAAGAGCCUUCAUGGAAAUUGGCAAAAAAUAUUUUUUACAUGCCGUAUUGGAUGAUCUAUGGGGAGGUGUUUGCUGACCAGAUAGACCCUCCUUGUGGCCAAAACGAAACGAGAGAGGAUGGUAAAAUAAUCCAGCUGCCUCCCUGCAAAACAGGAGCAUGGAUUGUUCCGGCCAUCAUGGCUUGCUACCUGUUGGUUGCAAACAUACUGCUGGUGAAUUUGCUCAUUGCUGUCUUUAACAACACGUUUUUUGAAGUGAAAUCUAUAUCUAAUCAAGUAUGGAAGUUCCAAAGAUAUCAGCUCAUUAUGACAUUCCAUGAAAGACCAGUCUUGCCACCUCCAUUAAUCAUUUUCAGCCACAUGACUAUGAUAUUUCAGCACAUAUGCUGUAGGUGGCGGAAACAUGACAGUGACCCGGAUGAAACAGAUUAUGGACUGAAGCUUUUCAUAACAGAUGACGAACUCAAGAAAGUUCAUGAUUUUGAAGAACAGUGCAUAGAAGAAUAUUUCAGAGAGAAAGAGGAUAGAUUUAAUUCUUCCAAUGAUGAAAGAAUCCGUGUUACCUCUGAAAGGGUGGAAAACAUGGCAAUGCGAUUAGAGGAAGUUAAUGAACGUGAGCACUGUAUGAAGGCUUCACUUCAGACUGUAGACAUCCGUCUUGCUCAAUUGGAAGAUAUGAUAGGCCGAAUGGCUACAGCGUUAGAUAAAUUGACAGGCCUGGACAGAGGAGAGGCCACUAAAAUACGGUCUCGAACAUCUUCUGACUGUACUGACACAGCCUACAUUGUCAGACAGAGUAGCUUCAAUAGCCAGGAAGGAAACACUUACAAACUUCAAGAGAGUAUUGAUCCCACAGCGGAUGAAUCAAUGUCCCCAACCUCUCCAACAGUGACACCCCGCUUGCGAAGUCACUCCUUUUAUGCCAUGAACGUGAAGGACAAGUGUGGGUUGGAGAAGUUUGAAAGCAUCUUUAAAGAGAGACCUCUGAGCCUUCACCGUGCUAGCAGCUCUCACUCGGUCUCAAAAGAGCAAAAAAUACCUUUAGUGCCUACAAGCACUCUGUCAAUAGCCCCAGACUCCAGAAGGCCUUCCUCCUGCAUCGACAUUUAUGUCUCUGCCAUGGAUGAGCUGCAGUCAGUAAUAGAACCCUUAGAUAGUUCAAUGAACGUCUUGGGGACGGGAGACCCGGCUCUACAAGCUCAGAUCGCUUCCAGUGUUCUUUCAAGCAGUGCUUACGUCAGUGGUACGCUUGGGGAGAGAAUUUCAGGCAGGAGUUUUGAUUACGAUGACCCCUCUUCAAUGGAAACAAGAGUAUUUUCUUCAGACUACUCCCAAAUUACAGACAGCCAAAACCCCUGGGACUCUGACCCUCCCUUGUAUCAUACGUUAGAGCGGUCUAAAAGCAGUCGAUACCUGGCUACCACCCCAUUUCUUUUGGAGGAAGCACCAAUAGUAAAAUCUCACAGUUUCAUGUCCUCUCCUUCUGGGAGCUAUUUCAGCAACCUUGGAGUGCCUGUCAAAACAGCAGAGUACACAAGCAUUACAGAUUGCAUCGACACAAGGUGCGUUAGUGCUCCUCAAACCGUCGCAGAAAGGUCUAGCUUCUCUGGCUUUCUUGGAGACAAAAUGGAUGACUUAGGAUGCUGCCACCCAGAGAGGGAAGCCGAACUCAGUCACCCCAGCUCUGAUAAUGAGGAUACCGAAGCCAAAGACAAAAAAGCGGUCUCCUUGUCACCUCAAGAUAGCAAUACUACCAGAACACUGUCUAACAAUAUCCCUCUUCCAAAAAUAGAGCGGGCCAACAGUUAUUCUGCGGAUGAAUCCAACUUGUUGUAUGCACAUACAAGGAAAAGCUACUCUAUCAGCGAUAAACUUGACCGGCAACGCAAUGCGGCAAGUCUCCGAAAUACGUUCCAACGGAGCAAGUCAUCCAAGCCAGAGAACAGGGGAGACACCUUAUCAAAGAGAAGACUCUCUAGAACAGGUGCCUUCCACAGCUUUGAGAGCAAGCACAGUUAGAGAGAACAAGCACAUAACAAAGAAGAAUUGUCUGCUCUCCCAUUCUUUUCUUUAAGGAGAACAAAGUAACCUCAGACCACUGUAUGUCAGCAACAGCUGGCCAUCUGCCACUAGACAAGUUAGCUAGCACUUUGGUGACCUCAGUGUCAAGCACUGAGGUUCUGUAUCUUGACCUAGUUGGCACUUGCACUUAACGGGGGUGGGGGAUGGGAGGGGAAAAAAGAGAGAGAUUGUUUUUUAAGAUCUUUAUGACAUCAUGUGUAAAUGGGUGAGUUGUUUAAGGAGCCUGCCUUUCAAAAUAGGGAUAGAUUACUUUUUUAAAAAGAUGUGAAACAAACUAACAUGCAUACAAAGAUGGUCUUUGGAAUUUGGUUCUGUUGACUUUUGCAUCAGUAUUCUUUUGAUGGCUGAUGGAUGAAAUUUUGGCACCAUUCUACAGAAACCAAAAGCAAAUCUGUCCUUAACUGCCCCCCAUCUUUCCACACCCCUCUGCUUCUCCUUGACCAUUGUAAUGAAAAAUUGGAUUAAUGUUCUCACAGAUCACUGGUCUCUUUUUUGUAUUACCUUAUAGUGCCACUAUUGUUUAUAUUUUCCAAGAAGGGAAAGAAAAGAGAUGCCUUUUGUACAGCAGCAUGAGGAAAAGGGAACAAUUUAUUUAAUAAUUAGUCACAUGGUGUCCUGUUUUAUGCAGGAUCUUUAGCACAGUUGAGCAAGCUCAGGAUGAAUGUAAUUAAGUGGAAGAGUAAAUAUUUAUUUUUUUAAUUACUCACCUCAUCAAUUUAGAAGGCAUUUCACGGAUCCUUGUUAAAAUGCUAAAUAUCUUAAAAAGUGAGAGGGUAAAAAUAAGAGCAGAACUGACAUCAUGUUCUCUAUUCUGUGCAACAUAUAUAUCUCAUUAUUUUUUCCCCAGUGUUUGCAUCAAUUGUGGCUUUAUUUGUCAUUGCCAUAUGCUUCUAGCUGUUCCAUCAUUAAGCAACCAUUGUUUCAUGUUAAAGCAUGUGGUACCUGACCAUUUCAGUAUUUACAGGACUGUACAUUUGUAAUUAUGUUGUCUGAUCUCAAUUGAACACAGAACAAUUGUAGAUGAUGAAUGACGUUCUCCUCUAACAAAAAUAAAAGCUUUUUAGAGCUUAUUUGAGCACCAAAGUGAAAUUGAGAUUUCCAAGAACUGCAAAAGCCAUUACUUUAAGUAUGCUUCCGUUGUACAAAAGAGACAAAAGAACAAGAACAUGCCCUGAAAUGCAAGAGUCACACCUAUCCUGCCUCCCUCAAGACUUUGGAAAAAGUUACUUUUUGCUCUACAGCACCAGUGGAGAGUUCUGAUCUAAAAAAGUAACCUGUUCAAGGUCAGUUCAGGCCUACCAUUCAACAGUGUGUGCAGUAAAUGUCUAGUGUUUCAAAGAUAUAGGGUGAGUUAUACCACUGGUACAAUGACACAGGAGGUAGAACACAAGACCCUUCAAAAUAAUAUCUUAAUCAUAAUGUGCUUUUGGAGAAAUAAUAUAAUCAUUACUGAAUAGUAUGCUGUAUUACUCUCUCUGUUGCUGAAAUAUAUAUAUAUAUGAGGUUUCAAAAGAGUUUUAGGAAAUUAUUCUGAGCUCUGAUGGUCAGUGGCUAAAUUUCUUUCAGCCGUUUUGACCACCUCCAUCUAAAUCUUUAGAUGUAGGCAUUUUUCCAGGGGACGAACCACCAGAGAGAUGCAGCAGUAGCCUGAUGGCUUUUAAGGGUCUGGGGCUACAAGUUCCAUCAGACCAAAUGGCAUAAUAGCCACUUGUCAGGUAUGACUAGAAAUGUUGAAAACAUCUGGAGGACGAAGCACACAACUCUGAAAAUCUGUAUGGGUCUUGUUCAGGCAUGAGAAUUGUGCAGCCAAGGCUUCUUGUGCGGCUCCUGGCACACCUUUCCAUCACCACCUCGCACAAUCCACCACUGCUGAAAAAAGUAGUCAAUAAUUGCUCUGACACUAGGUGGAAGCAAGAGGGAUAUGUGGUGAGCAGUUGCAUUCUGAAUAUAGCAGGGUGGUGAUUUCUGCUACAUAAUGCAAAAUAACUUCCUCAGAGCUGCUGAGUUCCAUUUCAGUUUUUAAAUAAUCCAGUUCUUUUUCUGUAGUUUACCUAAUUGUUCUUCAAAGUAUGCUCUUCUGUCAUGUGAACUUCACACACAGCAAUAGCAGAAUUUCUGGCUUAUCCAAAUGCAUGGGAAACGUGACUUGAUAUACUGAUGAUUGUUAAAAGACCAUGGAUAAACCAUUUGUCUUUGCCCAUUUCAGAUGUCCAGCUGUAAUAUGUAGCUAACUAUGUCUGAUAAAAUACUCAUACUGGAGCCCCGAUACCUCUCUCUCUCACACUCUUUUUAUGUGUGUAUGUGUGCGUAAGAGAGAGGGAGAGAGAGUCUACGUUUUUUAGUUAGAAACACACUUUGGCAAACGGAAAGAGGAGUAGGAAGCAAAGAAGAGGUGAUGAUAGAAAUGACUAGUUUGUCCCCCACUCCAGAUUUCCCUCAAAUUGCUCCUCCCAUAGGAGUAAGUGUGUGCUUGCUAAUGCUCUUUUUUCUUAUAUUAAAAAAAAACAAUAGCACAAAUCUAAAGAAAAUGUCACCCUCUUUCUAGUAUAGGUGGUCAAAUUCUAGAGGCUCAGCAGCCACAUGCGCCCACUUCAAACUUUGGAAGGCUCCUGCAACACACACACACACAC